AUGGGCAGGUGCUGGGAACGCUUCAAGCGUUUGCUUCCCCGCGAGGUCUUCGACAACGGGAACUUUGGCCACCAGUCCCCAGAAAAGCCUUAUCUUGGAAGGACGCUGCUGCUCCACAACGCCACUGCUGCCGCAGGCCAGCAACACGCAACCAAGCAGCAGCGGCACCGCAGAGGAAAACAGACGCCGCGGCAUGUUGGGCCUCUCCCUCUUACUUCCCUCCUUGCGGUGGGUCCUCUCAGGCCGCGAUGGUUGUGUUUGUGUGCGUGUGUGUGUUGCUGGCGGUUGUGGCAGCUGCAGAGCCCUCAAGGCGCACAGUAG